UUUUUUUUUUUUCUCUUUUUUUUUCGGAGCUGGGGACCGAACCCAGGGCCUUGUGCUUGCUAGGCAAGCACUGUACCACUGAGCUAAAUCCCCAACCCCCAUUUCCAGUUUUAACUAAAAAUGAUGUACCCUGAAUGUGGGAGGCACCAUCCCAUGGCUUGGGAUCCCAGACUGAAUAACAGGGCAAAAGCAAGAGGAGCAGCAUUCGUUUCCCUUUGCUUCGGAUUGCAGAGCCCAAUCGACCAACUGCCUCGCCUUCCCCUCCAUGCUUCGCUAUACUCUCACAAUGUGAGCAAAGGGGCUGGAGAGAUUGCUCAGUGGUUAAGACCUGCUGCUCUUACAGAGGGCUUGUGUUCCUUUCCCCGCAUCCACAGGGUGGCUCGCAACCAUCUACCUGUAACUCCAGUUCUGUGAGAUCCUGAGAAUCUUCUUGUGUUGGCAAACUCCGCUAAGUAUUGCAAAGAGUGUGAGGAUACCAGGCACACACAUGAUACACAUGCAUAUAGUCAAACAACACGCUUUAAAGAAACCCUUAAAAAUUAAUUUUUAAAAAGCUUAAUGAAAAGGUUUAGGGAGAUGACUCGUGUACAGCAUGUACAGCCAUAUUGAUGUACAUAAUUCUAAGAGCCUGACAUCCGUUAGCUAUGACAGAUUUAAAACUGUUAGCCGCUCCCCCAUGUUACCGAGGAAUUAGUCUCUGGGACCCUAAGUCUUUGUCGUCUUCCCAGUCUGGCCACACUGACCAAAUUACCUUCUUCUGCCUCCCGCUUUUAACUUGCUUAUUAAGAACGGGUGGCCAGAUCUGAUUUAGGGACACUGGUUGUAGUUCCCCAAGUUCGGAAACAUCCACACCCCACAAACCCUGGAGUCCGCCUCUGCCUGUAGCUCAGUGACUAAGCAAGCUUGGUCCUUCCUUUGGGUUCUACACAUACCCAGCCUUGGACCUUGGACUUAAUAAAAAGCCUGUUGUCCGAGUUUUGACUGAGCAGAACUUUAUGCAAAUCACCACCUCGACAUCCGUGGAUGGCCCGUGAGAAGUCUGUGCAUCUGCACACAUCCACCUAAAACCGUCACGCGAGGCCACGUCCAGAGCACACUCUAGCUGCGCCCUUGGCCCUCGCUCCCCGGGGAUAGCAAGCGUGGGAGCCCCGGCCCAACGCGACUCCCUCUCCUCCCACGCCCUCUUUUCCUUCCUGGCCGGACGGACGCACUUCCGGCGGAUGGGGGGGUUGUCUCGGCCCCGGAAACGGAAGUGAGCGCCUUGGCUGGCCGACUAUAGCGGGUUCAGAGGGUUUCGCAGAGCUGUUUCCAAGAUGAACGCCAGAGGCCUUGGGUCGCAGCUAAAGGACAGUAUUCCAGUUACAGAACUCUCAGCCAGUGGGCCUUUCGAGAGUCAUGAUCUUCUCCGGAAAGGGUUUUCUUGUGUGAAAAAUGAACUUUUGCCCAGUCACCCUCUUGAAUUAUCAGAAAAAAAUUUCCAGCUCAACCAGGACAAGAUGAACUUUUCCACCCUGAGGAACAUCCAGGGCCUGUUUGCUCCCCUGAAGUUACAGAUGGAGUUCAAGGCUGUGCAGCAGGUUCAGCGUCUUCCGUUUCUUCCGAGCUCAAACCUCUCACUGGAUAUUUUGAGGGGCAACGACGAGACCAUUGGUUUUGAGGAUAUUCUUAAUGGUGAGUGGCACUCAGCACUGGGGAACCCUAUACUGGACAAGGUGACAGCAGCCAGCAGAGUCUGUCCCAGGGAGAUCCUGGGAGACAUUCGAAGUCAUUCACAGCCCUGAGAUAAGAGUUAAUGGUAAUUACUUUAUAAGUCAAACUGGUUCAUUGUUCUGAGGUUCGCCAUUUCAGUCAGUUGAACAGUCAUUCAGUUCUAUGCCACAUUUACUGAGGUUGAUGCCCGUUCUGUUCAUCUGGAGUCCAUGGUAGUGUGUGCUUCAAGGUCCUCAGUGUUUGUGGGACUGGUUUUCAGAAGGAGUUAGAUAAACUCUUCCUUUAAAACUUAAAACCCCCCAUCCAGUGAUGCGUGUGCUGAGGUGGGCUGUGAGGAGAAAGGGCGAGUCUGCCGUUCAUCACCAAGUUCCCCCAGGAAUGGUUUUGUGGAUGAGUAAGAGCCGUGCACACAGCAUCCUCUGCUUUAGGCCCGGGGAUGAUAGGCAGGUCCGGUCCCGCCCCGGGCACAGCCUCCACCAGGUCCACCCCAGCAGUGCAGGGGAACUGGGAAAAACCCAGCACAACUCCACUGUGUUUAUGUAGCUUGUGCUGGGGGGUGGACACAGCUGAAGUCCAGUGAGGCACUGUCCCAAGGAGGCGUCAUGAAUGCUGGGAAACCUGGGUCUCCUGAGCUCGUUCAGCCUGGUGUACAGCUGACUCGUAUCAGGUUCUCUGGACUUAGGUGUUGCAAAAAGAGAAGGGAGAUCUUGAGCUUCAGUUUAGUCUCAUUAAGGCUCUGGGCAAGGCAGUAAAUGCGCACAGUGAACGUCGGAUCUGCCCGCCUCAGGUGGAGGAGGUGGACUUGAAAUGGCAAAGAUGGACUGCCAUAAGUUCUGGGGAUGAACGUCGGGCUGGGUCAGGAGGGCAGGUGCCUGCUCGGUAUGAGACACAAGCUGAUUCGUCAGUUCAAGUUAGAGGGAAGACUGUCUGAGGGAAACAGUAGACUCGGGUCUGACGGCUAAGGCUCGAGGAGGGUUGCCCUACAAGCAAUCGGACAUGUUAGCCUCCUUCCUUACAGCAAGAAUGAGCGAGCUGAGGGGCAGGAAGGGCUUGUCCUGUGUCCUGGGAGCUCACUGCACACCUCCUAACUUGCCACCGUGCUGCGUGCUUCCUGUUUCGGUGAGAGUGAUGAUCCGCUCUUACAAAGUCGGAACUUGAAGAGAUGGAGUGGAAAGAAGGUUAACAAAUGAGCGUACUCUGUGGUCACAGCUACCACACCCCUCACACUGGCUCUUCCCUUCCCCAAGCCCGCUUUGCUCCCGGAUUUCCUUGGUCCUUCAUCUGUGCGCACUGUACUGGUUUGACCCAUUAGGCUCGGUCAGUGUUGCUAGGGCGAGACUUGGCCCUGAAGCUUUCAUUGCUAGGACUUGUCAGCGGCUUUCGGUGUGUUACCACAGUCCAGCUUUUCAAGGUUUUCACAGUCCAAACUCGAGGUGGUGGGACUUGAGGUGUUCUCGCUUUGGGAUUCUGAUUUCUGUUUGUGUGUAUGUGAUGGAACAGAGAACGGGAAUGAUAAAAUGCUCUUAUUGCUUAGAUUGUCCUCCGCCAGGUGAGGAGCCAUGGGAAGCUUCAAGCUUCAGAACCUUGGGAGAGAGGUUUUCUUUCUCUUUUAGAUUUAUUUUUAUGUGGAUUGGUGUUUUGCCUGCAUGGGUGCCGGGUUCCAGAGCUCCUCCAACUGUUGUGGGAAGUGAAGUGUGUGUAGCUGGUCCCUUCAAGCAAGAUACAAACCUGUUUUCCGCUCACCCCACCUUCCUAGGCCCCUUUGUCAGUUCCCUCUCCAGCCCUAGCCCUAGCCCGCUUGCUGUCACACCGGGUUGCUUUAGACGAUCACAGAUCCUGAACACCCACUGACAGCGCCUGUUUCUGUUUCUUUCCAGAUCCAUCACAAAGUGAACUGAUGGGCGAGCCACACAUGAUGGUGGAGUAUAAGCUGGGCUUGCUGUGACGCAGGGCGCCGUGCAGGAACCACGGAUGUGCUUCUCGUAGUUGCCUCUGCCGAGGUCUGAUGUUCACAGCAUUAAAGUACUGAGAGGA